CUUUCCUUUGUCCGCGACUCGCUCCCUUCACCUUUCAUCGCACCCAACAUCACCACCAGCCCGAGACGACAGAAAACGUUCUUCUAGUACUUGCUCGUCUACAUCGUAACACUCGAUCAACAUGACCGAAUCCACUAUUCGCCCAUUGAAGAGGACAAGAGUGGCAGGCGAGAGCUCGUUGAAUACGGCACAGUUAGUGGCACACUCAGAGACGACAAAUCUCUCGACACAAACCUCUAACUCGAGCAAUGCUCACACAAAAUCUAUGCUUGUUGCGGUCCCACUGGACAUCAUUCAUGAGAUCUUCGGGUACCUCGAUUCUAUUGAUCUGCUCAACCUCGCGCGCACGAAUAAGCAAUUGCGCGACUUCCUGAUGUCACGAAAGAAGACAAAGGCUAUGUGGCGCGUAGCGAGACAAAACCUGAACAUCGAAGGGCUGCCAGACUGUCCAAUAUAUAUGAGCGAACCGGCUUACGCGAACAUUACAUUCGGUCACUACUGCCAUAAAUGCUUGCGACUUGGCUUGCAUGAGGUUGUCUGGGAAUUCUCCGCCAGGUACUGUGCGGAGUGUCUCAAGUCACACGAAGUGACUUGGCCCGAGAUGUACACAGACAUCUACUUCACCCGCGUCCUCGGAGAUAGAAGCCAGUUCAAGUGGACACACUACCUCGUCUGUUAUUCUCCGGACGGAACAAGGAAGCUGUAUCCGUGUUCAGCGCGCGAGAAACUCGUCCGGGAAAUCACAGAGCGAACUGAAGACGAAGACGCCAUGGAUGCGUAUCUUGUAGAUACACGAGAUCUCGUCGAAACGAUACAAUCACAAGCAAGAGAAUACCAUGACUGGUAUAAGAGUACGCUGUCCAAGCGGUUACAAAAUAUUGUUGCAAAGCUCCGUGAGGAAGGGUGGGGUGCCGACUUGAACAAGAUGUCGGAAGAGGACUUCGCCCCAUUGCGGAGCUACCCCAAUGUUACUAUCCUGAAACCCCUGACGAACGACGAAUGGCACGACAUACGAGGCCACAUAAUCGCCGGGCUCGAACAAUACAGGGAGGCGCGCAUCCGUAGAGAACGCCCUGCGAUCCUUCGCGCGCGCCUGAGUGACCUGCGCCGGGUCGUUUGCGAGCUGCAACUCGGCACUCGAGGGUAUCGUACGCCCGAAACUGAGUACGGCCCACAGUUCGCAGACAUUGCUUUGAUGCCCGAGUUCCGCGCGCUAGUGGAAGCAUCAAUCGACGUCGAAAUCAAGAGGAGCACCUUCCGAGGAGUAUGCUCACAGCUUCCCGCACUCUUCGCACGGUUCAACACCAACAGGCCAGCGAUACUCGCCGGCAUGUUUUCUCAGCGGAUCGGCCGUCCGACAAGUCCCACGGGUUGCACGAAGAUCCUCGACCUGGCGAUAGCGUGGUUCCAUUGCGACGGCUGCAAGAGGUACCUGCACAGCCCCGGUGUAUUCGCGCACCAGUGCCAGCGGCCGCACUACCGCGAUACGGAGCGCGAGGAAUUCGACGAUCCAUAUGUAUACGACGUAGCGGUUGCCUCGACGUUCCAUGCCUGGUCGACAACGAAACUCAGGCCUGUUCUUGAGGAGGACCUCGGGGCGCUGCGAUCGCUCAUUGCAUCAUGCGGACUCGACCCGGAUAGGGCCACGGCAAAGGACAUGGAUGCGCACGAUGCGCGCGUCACAUGCAAUGAGAUACCGGUGCCUUGGGCGCGCAAAAGCGAAGGGAGGCUCGUCAUGACUUGGCGUAGGGCGGUGAGUUCCUCUCUGAUGUACUGCUCGCAUUGCGAACACCUCUGAUGCGCUCUUCUGCAGGUCCUCUCGUUGGAUAUGGUGCGCGGCUGCCAGACGGUCAACUGGCGGUGCAUCCGGGCCGCCGACAAACGUCGUGCUGUGCUUCUCGAGGAGAGGGCACUCCAGGCAGGACGAAAGCAGCCGGAGUACAAGUCGUUCCUGCAAUGCGCGCUGUGCGACGAACCGUGGUGGCUCGUGCAUGGUUCACACAGCAACUCCUUUCUCAUGUCGGACCAUCUGCGCACAAAGUACGUGUUUGCACAAGGACUGAUUUGGAGUCGUUGGCUGGACGUUGACAUAUAAUCUCCUGAUGGGACGCCCGAGACGCCUGAAGUGUGGCUCCCGUUCCUGUAACUUAAAUAGAUGAAGGCGAACUUGGGUCAGGGAUAGACCCU